AAGACUCCUAACUUGAUCUCUCUCUACCUACUCACUCACUAUAUCUAUAUAGUCUCUAUCCCUCCCUCCCUCCCUCCCUGUUUCACGUUAAUUUCCUUAAUUUGUUCUUUAAAAGCCACUCCCCAAAACAACAAUGCAAUAUCAGGCCGAGACAUGGGGAUACUAUCAUCACGUGCCGGCAUCCGCAGUGAGGCACAGCAUGAUGGUGGACCCGGUGGAGCGAGUGGCGAGGCUGGCGUCGGAGAGCGCGGUGGUGAUAUUCAGCGUGAGCACGUGCUGCAUGUGCCACGCCGUGAAGAGGCUCUUUUGCAGCAUGGGCGUUAGCCCUGCCGUGUACGAACUGGAUCAACACCCGAUGGGGAAAGAGAUAGAGAGGGUACUUGUCAGGCUGCUCGGAAACGCCCCCACCGUUCCCGUCGUGUUUAUCGGCGGGAAGCUAGUGGGGGCCAUGGAUAGGGUCAUGGCUUCCCAUAUUAAUGGGACCCUGGUCCCACUUCUCAAGGAAGCUGGUGCUCUCUGGCUUUGAGUUUGAGAUUCAAAAAAUUUACAUAUAGCCUAGCCAGCUAGGUUAAUUCGGUCGAGGAGGGACUAACUUAAUUUAUUUUAAUUACAUGGGAGAAAGAAAAUGGAUGGGUGCAUGAAUUGGGGGACUAGCUAGUUAUUUGUGUUUCAGGAAUGAAAGUUUUUUUCAGUAAUGUUAAGCUCAUUCUCUGUGCUGAUCGAUCGAGAGUUGAUUUUAUGCACUUAAGUGGAGGGAUUAGUUAUUAA